AUGGCGGUGAAGGUGUACGGAUUGCCGAUCUCGACAUGCACAUUGACCGUCAUGAUUUGCCUUCAUGAAAAGCAACUUCACUUCCAAUUUCUUCACGUUGACCUUUUCAAUGGUGAACAUAAGCAACCUCCAUUUUUGGCUAUCAAUCCCUUCGGCCAGAUUCCAGCCCUAGAAGAUGGUGAUGUCACCUUAUUUGAAUCAAGAGCAAUAACAAGCUACAUUGCAAACAAGCACAAGGAAACAGGGCCAGAUCUCCUAUUGCAACACCAAAGCCCCAAAGAAGAAGCCAUUGUGAAGCAAUGGAUGGAGGUUGAGUCUCACCAUUACAGCUCUGCAAUAACUCCCAUCAUCCACGAGUUCUUCACUGCUCACCUUCGAGGCCACGAGCCCGACCAGUGCCUCAUCAACCAGAACUUGGAGCGUCUGGGCACUGUUCUCGACGUGUACGAGCAGCGCCUAGGUGGCACCAAGUACCUGGCCGGGCCAUGGUACACCUUGGCCGAUCUCCACCACCUCCCUUGCACGUUCUACUUCAUGAAGACGCCGUGGGCCUCAAUGGUUAAUGAUCGACCAAAUGUCAAGGCAUGGUGGGAUGAUAUUUCAUCCCGCCCGGCGUUUCUCAAGGUUAUUGAGGGUAUGAGUACUUUUGAUUUUGGUGGUGAUGACAAGAAAUGA